CUCACAGAGAUCCACCUGGCUCUGCCUCCCGAGUGCUGGGAUUAAAGGCGUGCGCCACCACCGCCCGGCUCCCAGCUAGCUUUCUUAUACAGUUGAUUUCCACAUGCCUAGGGAUGGUACCUCCCCCAGUGGGCUGAGCCUUCCUACAUCAGCUAACAAUCAAGGGAGUCCCUCACGGACAUAUCCACAGGCCCAUCUGAUCUAGGCCAAUUCCACAUUGAAGGCUCUCCCCUCAGAUGACUCUAGCUUUGACAAGUUGACACUUUAUGCUACCUGGGUCAAUACUCAGUAUUGUGUUGUGAGACACCGUUUUAGAGAACUCUUUGCUGUCAGCUAUCAUGUUUCUUUGCCUAUAAACUGUGGAAACUAUCAUGGAUCUCUUAAACAGAGCCUGUGAGUAUCAAGAAAAGGGGUCAGAAAUGGGUUGAAAAUUUGCUGGGCUUCCAAUCCUGCAUUUCCUGGGUCCCCUAGCUUAAUAUUAUUUGCAGGCAGCUAGCCAGGUCAGGGUCGCCUCCCCCACCAGGUGUUUACACUUCUGUAAUCUUGUGUCAGGUGAAGGGAAGGAAUCUUGUUCUGGCUUUAAGUUGAACUGUGUCAAUUGUACCUAAGAGGUCUCAGAAGACAGAGGAGUGAAACCUCAUAUAUAUCUCAGCAACCCACUUGACGUUUUGAUUAUCACUGCCAAUUGAUCUUUGGAACCUGGUCUUGGGUCCCAUCAUGUCUUCAUUAACCCUUUCUUGUUCUUGGACCUUCUGUUCUCAUUGGCUGUGUGGAGCCCAUGGCCUCUGUCUAGUCUUUUAACCCGAGUGUCCACAGCCUUAUGCAGGGGCAAGUCAUCUAAUGAUAGAAGCAUCUCUCAUGAUGGAGAACAUUCCAGCAGAAAAAUAAAUGUUUUUUUUCUGGGUAUGGUGGUGCACACCUGCAAUCCUGCCAUGUAAAGCAGUGGUUCUCAACCUUCCUGAUGCUGUGACCCUUUAAUUCAGUUCCUCAUGCUGUGGUAAAACCGGCCAUAUUUUCGUUGGUACUUCAUAACUCUAAUUUUGCUAUUGUUUCGGAUCUUAAUGUAAAUAUAUGUGUUUUCUGAUGCUCUUAAAUGACCCCUGUGAAAGGACCAUUCAACCCACAAAGGGUCACGACCCACAGGCUGAGAAACACUGAUUUAGAGGAUGGAAGCAGGAGGAUCUGGAGAUCAAGACCAGCACAGACUUCAAGAAGUUUGUGAGUCAGAAACAGCUGAUGGAGAUGACCUCUGGCAUUUGUCUUCCUGGAUCUGGCUUCUCUCACUCAACGUCAUCUUAUCCACAUCCAUCUCAUACAGAAAAAGAUGCCAUAAAAACAGAGGAUUAUUGUGCAUUGUGUGGGUCUGAAAUUUCCCACAAGAUAAAGUGGUUGAAAUUGAGCAGAACACCAUGGGCAGCCACAUGGAAGAGGACAUCAUUGAAAAGGAUUUCAGGAUGUUAACAUCUCUAGGGUGUGGUUCAUUCAGGGAGGUGAAGCUGGCCUGCCAUCUUCCCACACAUACACGAGUGGCUGUCAAGGUCCUUGAGAAAAACACCAACAGUGUGGCUGACAUCAGCACUAAAGUGAACAUCCUUCAGUCACUGGAACACAGGCACAUCGUUCGAUUUUUUGACAUGAUCGACACACUGUCAACCACUUACGUGAUUAUGGAGUAUGUGGCAGGAGAAGAUCUGGAGAGCUGCCUCAGGGCACUGGGCUGUCUAAAGGAGGAGGAGGCUAGAGGGAUUUUCAGGCAGGUGGUGUCAGCGGUUCACUUCCUCCACCAGAGAAACAUCGCACACCGUGAUAUCAAAUUAGAAAACAUCCUAGUCGAUGCAGCAGGAAACGCAAAGCUUUGUGUCUUUGGGAUGGCAAUUGAAAUCACAGAGGGGCAGAUGUUGGAGGAGAUCUGUGGCUCCUUGCUCUAUUGGGCCCCAGAGAUCUUGGCAAGAAAACCCUAUGAUGGACUGGCAGGUGAUAUGUGGAGCUUGGGUAUCGUCCUAUAUGUCCUGGUCACAGGGCACUUUCCAUACAUGGAAGAAACCCUUGAAGGUAUGCACAGGCUCAUCACCACCACAGUAUGUCCCAUUCCCUACCAUCUGUCAAAACCCUGUCACAUCAUCAUUGCCCGACUACUCAUGGUCCCCACCUGGUACCGAUUCACAAUCUCUCAGCUUGUGGAACGACCAUGGCUGGGCCCCAUUCAAGAAAAUGUACUGCCUGCCACCAAAGAAAUCCUGCCCAGGGUCGUGGAGAUUAUGUGCACCAUCGGCUAUACCUGUGAGGAGAUUGUGUCAUCCCUAACUCACAGGCGAGAAGAUAAUCAUGUAAUGGCUACGUGCAACAUUCUCAAAUAUCAGCUGAGUUGUGGGGACAGCCAUCUUCAAGAUCAGAUGCCCUGGCUAACUAGCAGCCCUGCAGGUCCUGUUCGCCUCCCUCUCCCCUUGACCAGGAGAGCCAGUGAACCAGCGUUUACAACCGGUCCACAAGCUGGGAAGGGUCACUUUAAGGAGGAGGGUGUGGAAGAGAAAGGCAAAAGAUGCAGAAGCCACACCAUGCCCCACACAUCCUCCCUCCCGGACGAUCUGCCCGGUUCAGACAACACAGUCCCAGAAAGAGAUGCUCUUAUGGCUGAUGUCAUCAACACUGCUACAGAGGACAUUGCAGUCAACAGGAAUUCUGUUGACACCCUGCCUGGCAGAUUUCUGAACCUGGACUUCUCUGAAGAAGAUUCAUCCCAAGAGUCAGGCAUUCCCAGUGACCAGCCCCAGGUGGCACCCACAACAUCUGGAUCCAGGCCAUUCAGGGUCUGGAAACUGGUGAGGAAGCGAAUUUCCCAUGCCCUGAGAACACUGUGCUGCUGCUGCUGCUGCCUGCCCACCCCAAGUGUGGAAACUGAAACGGCCCAAUAGAAUUCCAGACCUGGUGAGGAGUGAGUGCCACAGAAGUGAGCCAGAACUGAUCUCCAGUGUGCCAGCUCCCUCCAACCCAGGGCAACAGGCUCCUGCCUACAUUCCUCCUCCAGCUAUUGGGUCUGAGCUGCCACUCUGCAUCUCUUUCAGCUUAACCCAGCUUCAGAACUGUUGUGGAACAAUGCGGGGUCGUAAGGCACAUGGACCCCAUGACCCUCUCCCUUCCUAGCUUUGGUUGUGCUUGUAGGACCACUCACACUGCAUGGAAAACAGCAGCCUCUACCAUCGGGAAGGAUUAUUAUACCAAUCUCAGCUGCUCAUCAUCUUGGUCACUUUAACCCUCAACUUACUCUGUGACUGCCUUUUGGAAAGAACAGCAAGACCUGUGUAAAUCCUCUGGAGAAUGGAGAUCUGGGGUGUAGCAGGAGAAAAGUGCAGCACUAUUGGUCAGUGUAGUCACGUCCUCUUCAGUGCUAACCUUCUCCAUUCAGGCUUCCGAUGUUGCCCCCCACCUGCUGAUCCAAGAAUCUUACAUCAUUUUUCCAUCUCAUAGAGGGAUUGAUAACUGACAUUGACCUUACAUUAACAUUGUUCUGUCCCAGUGUGGGAAGGUAAGUAGGCAUUGCCAGGCCUGAUGCUGAGUAUUGCCUCUACAAGAACAGCAGCCAUGGGAAUUCUCUAUAACCAAUGCCCACCACUGGGGUCAGUCUGACAAGGAAACCUUGAUCAUCAUGGAGUUCUUGAUGACAGCCCCUGGUGCAGUGUGAAGCACUGGUGAGUGUAGUGUCUGAACUGGGUUCCAGGUCACCUUCUAGGUAGGGAACAAAUCACUGAUUUGGGAAGAGGAAAUGAACUCAACAGGGACUCGAGGGUACUAAUCUGUGUGAAUCAGGAACCUGAAGGUAAGGUUGAGUACAGUAAGUAUCUGUGUGUGGUAGAAGAUGAGUCUCUGAAGCCUGGUCUUGAUUUCAUGAAGAAAAGGAUCCCAUGAAGUAGCAUGUGCCAGCAUCCCUGACACAGAGGGAAAGUUAUCACUGACUUGCUCAACUGAAGAGCAAUAGGAGACUGAGAGACUGCAGAGGUGUGACAAGGGAGGAACCAUCUUCUAUGUUACAGUUGGCCUCCAGCUCCAUUCUGACCAUCUGACCCUGGCCUGUUAGCACACACUGAGGCAAACUAAAUGCUCUUGCCAGAUUUCUUCUCAGUGAAUGACAGCCAGCUUGUGCUGUCACUUACUUCUAGAACCCUGACCAUCUGGUGAGUCCCAUGUGCACAGAAGAUCAGUCAGUUUGUUCAGGAAGAGAGAGAAAUUUUCAGCUUGUGGGUAUCACCUGGUGUCAGGCUGGGUUUCUGCUGUAUAUCAGUGAAGGCAGGGCUGAGAAAUGGUUGAGGAUUCUGUUGAAUUCUAGAAAUGAGAUAGGGAAAUUUCCUGAAUCAUCACUUGAUAGUUUACUUUUUUUGAGACUGGAUCUCACUAUAGCCCUGUCUAUCCUGAGACACUCCAUGUAGAACAUGCAGCUCUCAACCUCACAGAGAUUGACCCCCUCUCUGUCUCCUGAGUGCUGUGAUUACAGAUGUGUUCUCCCAUGUCUAGCUUUAUGCACUGUAUGUAUAGCAUCAAUGGUAAACUCCUCAAACAUUUGAGGGAAAGGAGACAAGUUCUGUGCUUCUUUCAUCCUGACAGGGUCAGGAAUUGAACUGAAGGUUCUGUCAUCCAGGAUGGACUACAAACAGCAGCAAAGUCCAAAUCUAACUUUCAGAAUAGAAGUCUAUGUCCACCACUGAACAGAUACCUGGAGGAUCCCCACCUGAAGACCAGGCACAAAUCCCAUGACUUCAACCUGACCAAUCAGGAGAGUCCAGAUUGGUCCCUGGUCUGAUGAAUUGAGUUCUUUCCAUUUGAGCCUUGAGAUCGCAGCUGAGGACUCAAGGGAUGAGCUCUCUACAUCAGGAGACAAACGGUGGCAAUUAGGUGUGGCCUGAGACAGCAGAAGUCGGAGCUCUGCAGGAAGUCCAGAUGGCAGUGUGCCCACUUCCCCAGCAUGAAGGGUCUCUGUCCAGCACAGGAGGAGGAAAGUGACAGCAAGCUGGAGGAAAAUGGGUACCACUCCGGAUGGAAUGCUGGGACACUGCUCCACUCUGGAAGUGAGUAGGCCUUACCUAGCCUAGGGCACAGUGGUCAGAGGUGGGGUCAGCACUCCUAAAACUACUUUGUACCCAGGUCCACUGGGUACAGCGGUCAGGCCUAGACAGCCUUGUUGACCAUAGCGCCGGGGCUUUCCGCUAGGCUGACUGCUUGCUUGUCCUGCUGGGAUAGUUGUCUAAAGUGUUGUUGGGUGCACGUGACAGGCAGACAGCCUCUCCAUGCAGUGAAGGAUGGCCACUGAGAUGUGGAUGAAUGCCAAGGCUCACCUGUGUGCAUCACAUAGCUGAAAGCAUCACUGAGACCACUAUAUAACCGUCUGUAGCAGAUGAUUAGUGUUUGGUUUCAGGUCUAAACUUGACUCUGGCUUAGAAGUUAGGAAGAAUGAGUCUGCUCAGGCAGGUCUGCCUCAAUCCCAAGGGUAGGUGGUCACAUAGCUUGUAUUA